AUGGCUGAGGAUAUAGCUGAUAUUCUGCAAAGCUUUUCUCUCUCGAGUAAGGAACUUCAGAUAACAGAUGUGGGUAGAGAGGAGCUAGCUUUUGGUAUAAAAGAAUGUCAAUGCAGUUUGAUUCGAAAGAUCGUGGGAGAGAAGGUAGCAAACUAUACAGGAGUCAAGAACUUUGUUACCACAGCUUGGGGUUACCCAAGAGACCUGACAGUGGCUGAGUUAGGGCCGAAUCUUUUCCAAUUCAUUCUUUCUAAGGAAAAUGAUAGGGAUAGAGUCAUGAAGGGGGGUCCUUGGAUUCUGGAUAAUCAAUUGCUCGUGUUGAACAGAUGGUAUGAGGGGAUAGAAGAUGAUGAAAAAGCCUUUAAUCUCACACCACUCUGGGUGCAAGUUUGGAAUCUUCCUGUUCACUGGAUGUCAAAAGAAGUGGAUGAUGACUGUACUGCUAGGAAGAAAGAGGUAAUAACAAAGCAAAACAGAAGGAUUCAAAAGCCUUUGAGGUCCCCAAGUGAAAGAAGACAGCCUCUAAAGGAAAUUUGCAUUAAUUUGGAUGGUCAGAAAUAUCAAGGGAAAAGAAAAAGUAAUGAUCUGGAUGUGGUGAUGGAGAAUGCUGAGGGAGAAACACAUUGUAUGAAAAGGAAUAAGUCUGAAACUACAGAAGAGUCUGAAAAGGGAGGUUUUGAGGGGGAGAGGUCCAUCCCAAACUGGACCCUUGGGUGUAAAUGA